CACAAUUGAGGAGCAGACUUUCAAAAAGCAGUUUGUCCAAAUUUGCAUUUUUGCAGGAGAGAUCAAAAACUGUCCUUCUCUUAAUAUAUAAUUUUAUUUUUUAUAUCAGUGACAAUAAAUGUGAAAAAAUAUGUACAAAUUGGACACUAAUUUUACGGCUAAAGUACUUAGGUAUUUUACAAAAAAAACUUUAAAAACCUUUGUCUCAAUUCAUAAAAACAUAGACAAACUGCAUUUUGAAAGUUUGCUCCUCAAUUGGAAAGUUAAAAACUACGACAAAAUGACUUGUUAAUUACUUGUCCCCUCGAGAAUCUUCAAAAACAAAACGAUUUAAAUUCCUGUCAAAUUUUUCGAUUUUGUGAUACCAAAUCAGGUAUAUAAACCCAAAACAUGUCCACAAAGCCAUUUACAAACAACACAAUGCAACUGGCCGUUUUCCUACUUUUGGUGGCUUUGGCAAACGCCCUUCCGACUCACCCAAGCACAGUUCGUAAUUAUACACCCAAUGAGUACGAAUUAGAGCAAAACAGGGCUGCGAGAUACAAAUUUUCCUCAAAUAUUGAAGACCACAUCAAUGAUUUGAUGCAUCAAAGGGAUGAAGUUAGAGAAGGGUUGAAUGUGAAAGGGUCGUACUCGUAUAGUGAUGGUUAUGUGAAAAGGACAGUACACUACGAAGCUGACGAUAAGGGUUAUAGGAUUACAGGACAAGAAGAGACGCCUCUAGAUGGGCCUAAAAUUGACUUGUCUGGAACAGCGGCGGUUAGUAAUGCCGCCCAUGGGACCCAUAUACAAUACAGAGUGCAGAGUAUACCAGUACCAGGGCCAGUCGCCAAAAUUAUUGAUUAAAAUUGUAAAAAUAAAUGAUUAAUUUUUCA